GAUCAAGAAAAGCAGCAGAAGAAAGAGCAAGCAAAGCAACAGAGGGAAGAGAAAGAAAAAACUGUAGAACACACUUCUAUAAAAGAAGCAGACAAAACCAGCUGUACAGGACGACGUCCGAGUCGAAGUGCCUUGUCCAGUCGUAAUGAUCGAAGAUCAGCCAAAAGUCCUCAGAAGACAGAUGCACCAAAGGAGAAUAAACAUCCAUUUGCUCUGUAUGGGUGGGGAGAAAGACAGACAGAUACUGGAAGCCAGAAAACUCACAACGUCUGUGCUUCUGCUUCAGCGAAUGCAAUUCAUGAAUCUGCUCUACGAGCAAAGAACAGGAGACAAGUGGAGAAAAGGAAGCUUUCUCAGAGACGAGUGCGAUCAGCAGAAGUGGAGAAAGCCUGGCGAAUAAAGCCCUCCCCACCAGAUAACCCUUGGAUGACAGAGUAUAUGAGAUGCUACUCAGCGAGAGCUCGGUGAAUUUGGAUUCCCUUAGGCAUCUUCAAAAGAAGUUACGCAUAUCAGGACACUGGUGCAAGGAACCAAACUACUUAUGCAAGGUUUUUAUAGGGAGUUUCCAGCUGUUAAAAUAUUUGUUACAAUAUUUUUAUCUUGGCUACCUACCUCACAGUGGGGUGUAUUGUUGGAGCCAUAACAUUUAAAGAGGCUUUUAGAUAUAGCUACCCAAACUUUUAAACAAUUCCUCUUUUGGGAAUCUUUCUAAUGCUUCGGUUGACUUAUUUUGGGGUGGGAGGGGGGAACCUUAGCAUACAGGGAAUCAAACACUUUUUUGUUCUUGGUUACAGAUAAUAUCUGUUGUCCCUUAUUUUAAAAGUCCAAGUCAUGGGGAGGUGGUGUUGGGGAAAGACUUGAAAGGUGUGA